AUGACUCUCUUCAAAACCAUCACCUUCGGUCUCGCUGCCCUCCUUGCUGUCCCAGCAGUUACCGCUGCCGGCGGCUUCGACACCUGCACUUCCGUGUCCUUUGACACCUUCCAGGCCACCAGCGUGCCGGGAAAAGACCCCCAGUUUGGUCCGAAGGGUCUGUACUCCUCUUCCACCACUGGGGAGUGCAUCUACGUUGAUGCGGCUGCGAACGGUGAUUUCGCCACGACUCACCCCGCCGAUUACCAGGGUUUCAUCGCAAACACACACAUACUUCUCAGCAAGAUCCCCGAAGCUGCAGCUGACUUUGAGUACUUGUCCGCUGCGCCUGUGCAGGAGCGCCAAGCUGUGACGCCGCGCAGCGCUAAGAUGAUGGCUCGCCAGACUGUGGGUUGCGGCGAGGUCUGUAAUUCCACGCAGGGUCCUUAUAAGAUCUGUAACUGCGGUUCGUGCCAGUAUUCUACGUCCAUCUGCUUCCAAGGAGGGUUUUGCACCUCUUACUACAGAUGCAAGUAG